AUGGCCUCCUCCGCAUUGUCCGUCUGCUCCAGUGACCUGAGCUACGGCAGCCGGGUCUGCUUGCCCGGGUCCUAUGACUCCUGCACCGGCUCCUCCUGGCAGGUGGACGACUGUCCAGAGAGCUGCUGCGAGCCCCCCUGCUGUGCCCCCAGCUGCUGCGCCCCGGCCCCCCGCCUGACCCUCCUCUGCGCCCCAGUGAGCUGCGAGUCCAGCCCCUGCUGCCAGCCAGCCUGCAGCAGCUCCUGCCUGGCCUCAUGCUGCCAGACGUCUAGCUGCCAGUCCUCCUGCUGCACCUCCUCCCCCUGCCAGCAGGCCUGCUGUGAGCCCGUCUGCUGCAGACCUGUCUGCUGCACUCCUGUGUGUUGCACACCUGUGUGCUAUGAAGCCUCCCCCUGUUCUACCUCCUCAUGUUGCCAGCAGUCUAGCUGCCAGCCCUCCUGCUGCACCACCUCCCCCUGCCGGCAGGCCUGCUGCGAGCCUGUCUGCUGCAGGCCCAUCUGCUCCCCCUCGUCCUGCUGCAGACCCUCCUCCUCCGUGUCCCUCCUCUGCCGCCCCGUGUGCCAGAGCUGCUGCGAGCCCCCCUGCUGUGCCUCCAGCUGCUGCACCCCGGUCCCCUGCCUGACCCUCCUCUGUGCCCCAGUGAGCUGCGAGUCCAGCCCCUGCUGCCAAACCUCCUGCUGCACCUCCUCCCCCUGCCAGAAGGCCUGCUGUGAGCCCGUCUGCUGCAGGCCUGUCUGCUGCAGGCCCGUCUGCUGCACCCCUGUCUGCUGCAGGCCUGUCUGCUGUGAGCCCGUCUGCUGCAGGCCCGUCUGCUGCAGGCCCGUCUGCUGUGAGGCCUCCCCCUGCUCAGCCCCCUCGUCCUGCUGCAAAUCCUCCUCCUCUGUGUCCCUCCUCUGCCGGCCUGUGUGCCGCCCCGCCUGCUGCGUGCCCGCCUCCUCCUGCCAGCCCAGCUGCUGCCGCCCGGCCUCCUCUGUGUCCCUGCUCUGCCGGCCCGCAUGCUCCCGCCCUGCUUGCUGCCUCCCAACCUUGGCCCCGGAGCCCUGUUGCUGACCUGGCACAUUGCCAACUCCUUCCAGGGCCAAUGCUGACUUUCACCUGAAACUUCUGUAGCCUUGAGCCCAGUCUGGGGUCUCCUUCUGCCCCAGAAUUUCCUAGUAGCCACCUGGGCUGGCUCCUGGUUCCCUCCAGGCCCUGAGAUUCAGCCAGCAUCCUGCUCUCCAUCCUUGUUGGUCAUGAUUUUGUCCUGACCUAGGUGAGGGGUCUGCCUGUUAACA